CGCGCAUGCGCAAUUGACUGACUCACACAGGCCCCGCUCUUUGUGACUACCGCGAGCUCAGCUUUCCCCCCAACUCCCGUCGUGCCGUUGCCAGGAUACGGAAAGGACCUGUGGCUGCGUGACUUAACGGCAGGCCGGGGAAGAUCGUGGAGGCAGGCCGGGGAGAGGGUCGGAGUGUGUGAUCGUGUGACCAUCAGCGUGGGCAGCCCCUCACAGUGAGUUGACGCAUACGAAAAUACCAGAAGCCUUAUGAAACAGCUGCAUGAGAAUAAAGCUGGGGGCCAGCCCCGUAAGGAGAACUCCUUUUCUAGUAAUGACAGUAAGACGCCAACAGUACAGACUCCGGAUGACAGUGGGCAGAUCUUGGCCCAAAAACGAUCUCUACAAGGUUUCAACAGCAUGGAAGGUGGUGCUGCAGGAAGUGCUGAUGAUGCCAAAAGACCUAAGCUCUUGCCUGAUGUGAAUUCACCUAGCCAAGAAUCUGAAGAGGAGUCAGAUGACAGCGAUUAUGAGAGAGUGGAGAGUGAUAAUGAUGCCAGUGAUACUACAGAGAGCGAUGAAGAUGAUGGGGAUGAAACUGUCAGUGAGGCAUCAGAAAGUAGUAAUGAAGAUCCUGAAGAACCCGCAGGCCAGCCUUCAAGGCCUGAUUUAACAAAAGAAUUAUCUUCAAUGUCUUUUGAGAAGCUGUUACAAAUGAGAAACCAAGUUGGGAUGAAGGCUUAUGAGCAAAUGACAUCUAAGAAAAGGCCAACAGAUGUCACAAAAACAAAGAAGAGACCAUGUUUGAGCAAAAACAGGCCUUUGGAAACUUCAGCCAAACUGCCAGUACCUUUUUUGCGGCAAGUCGUGCCCGUUAAGAAAAAGGUGUCCAGAGAUCCUCGUUUUGAUGACCUCUCUGGGGAAUAUAAACCAGAAGUAUUUGAAAAAACAUAUAGUUUCUUAAAUGAUGUGAGGAAGAAAGAGAAAGAGGUUAUUCAGAAGCAACUGAAGAAAAGCCAAAAUGUGGAAGAGCAGAACAAAUUGCAGCAGCUCCUUAAGCGAAUGACACAACAGGAAGAAGCACAAAGAAAAUGCCAGAAGAAGAGAGAAAAUUCUCUGGCAUUCAAGAGACAGCAAAGAGAGUUGGCCAAGCAAGGAAAGAAGCCUUUCUUCCUAAAGAAAUCUGAAAUGCAGAAAUUGGAACUUGCUGAGAAAUACAAAGAUCUGAAGAAAAGUGGGAAGCUGGAGAGUUUCCUGAACAAGAAGAGGAAAAGGAAUGCUGCUAAGGAUAAAAGGAGACUCCCUUUUCGGAAGGAUAACUAAUGUCUGGCUACCCCGCACCCAAACUCCCCUCCCCAAACAAAGACUUCACUCACAGAUUCAUACUUUCGUCAGUUGUACAGGCAAAUCUAGGAAAGAUGACCUCUUGAGCUUUAAGCCAGGCAGUGAAGCCAAAUAGCCAGGAAUCAUCCCACAGUUCAAGAUACUCUGCCAAGUCAUUUAUGUUUGCUGGGGGGGAAAAAGAUUGUUGUGCAAAAUUAUGUUGUUUCAAUUUCACAAGCACCUCUUAAACUUUGAAAAAGGAAUAUUUCUGGUGAUUAAAUUCCCUGCUGCUUGCUCUUCUUUUCCUUCCAGGGCGAGAGGUAAUAGAUCCCUAACAAUCUGAUUUCGGUUCCCUCUUGCUUUUCCCAAAACUGAUCUUCCUCCUUCCAGUCUAUUUUUUCUAUUGUGUGUAGGCUUGGCAUCCACCUACCGUUUUUCAGAAUUGCCUUCCUGGAGAGCACUCUUUUACCUUCCUGCAGCUACCCAUUAGUCCUGCUUGAUUGUGGUUCCAGCUGUUUUAUUUGCAGAGCUUAACAGAAUAACAAUAACUGAUGCUUAACAAACUUCCCAGUGAACACUAGCCCUGAACAAGGUAGAAUUUUCAAUAAAGCACUAUUUGCAGUAUUGUUAAUGGAAGGAUCACAAACAAUAUAAUACAGUGAUGGCGAACGUUUUUCUGCACGGGUGCCAAAACGGUGCGCGCAAUAGCCAUAAUGCAAUGCCCUCUCCCUGUGCAUGCGUGCGCACCCCCCCCCCUGCUUCCCUCACGCAUGCACGCAGGCCUCACUGAAAUCUUCGGAUUUUGGGUAGGCCCAUUGGGCCAUUUUUCGCCAUCCACAGGCUCCAGAGGCUUUCCUGAAGCUUGGGGAGGGUAAAAACUGCCUCCCCCCAUCCUCCAGAAGUCCAAAAAUCAUUUGGCCAGCAUGUAUAUGCACUCUGGAGCUGACAUAGAGUAACAUCUUGUGUGCCCUCAGAUAUGGCUCCGCGUGCCACCUGUGGCACGCAUGCCAUAGGUUCACCAUCAUGGGCAUAUUGAAUUCUAGUCUUAAGAGGGUAUAUAUAUAUAUAUUCCAGCUUCUUAAACUUUGGUUAGGGAGAACUGGGUUGUUGUUGUUGUUUGUAAUAUGACUGCAUUUACUUUUACUGCUGAAGUGGACAAUUAGCAGUCCAUGUUUUUAGCAGGUGUUUAGAAAAUUUGUAUGUGCACAAAUAUAUAUGUAAACAUAUAGAGUGUUACUACAGUACAACACUGGCAAUUUACAUUUUGACUGAGUUUGCUGAAUCACUAAUUAUUAACAUCGCUGUUUCACUGGGCUGAUUUAAAAAUAAAUUUGUUAUUUUUAUAAAGUAAAUACUUUGUUGGUAUAGAAUAUAGAUUAGUCAUCUUAGCAAAACCUCAUAAUCAAAUAAAAGUUUUCUAAUUUUUGAAUGUUCUAGGUGUGGUUAGACAUGGUACAUGCUGUCUCUCUUUCUUGAACCAAUUUUGAUGUUUAGAGCAUAAAGUUCAUCUCCUGCAUUACAUAACGGAGGCAUGUUAUAAGCUUUGUUUGAUUAACAGUCAUUCAGACAAAGGAUUCUCCAUCUUAUAGAUUGACUGAAAUGCAUUUAAUCAACUAAACCACUAAAACAGAAUAAUCCUUAUAGGUACCACCUAAUGCAUCCUUAAAAGAAAUGCAGAAGUGCCAGGUUGGCUGGUUUCUAGAGUAUUUUCCUUUCCACAACCAGAUUUCUCUUUUGGGUUUAUUUGGAAACUUCCUGAGGAGUUUUACAUACUAGGCUGACUAUGCUAUAAUAAAAUUAGCUGUUUUGGUAUGCACUCAUGAAAAUGAAUGACCCAGAUACAGAUAAGAAAAUUUCUGCAGUGAAAAACAUCUGUGAUUAAAGCAACUAUUGGGAACUAUAAAAAGCAAUGAAAACCUUUGUGCCCAAGGAGAAGAGAUAGUUAGGAAGAGAACUAAAUAUACCUGCUACAUGUUGCAAGCAAAAGGGAAUCAGUAGUGCAGUAAAUUAAAUAUAGAGAUUCAAACUUGAUUCCAUUCUAGCUGGGUGCUGAGAUUAACCCUUAAAAAAAAACUUCCAAGUUUGUCAAUGACUCUUGAGUGGAUGCUAUUUCAAUCUCUUAGAGAUGAACGAAAAGCUUCAGAUGGAAGCUUAAACAGCCAAUAGUUUGAAAAUGAGGCAAGCCUUUCUCCAUUUGUUGUAAAAAGCAACUUCAUAAGUCCUCUGCAAAUUGAUUUAUUUCAAAUAUUUGUCACUUUAUAGCUAAUGGCUCUCAGGAUAUCAUCCAAUUUUUAUUAAAUGAAACCUGUAGAAAUCAUCAAAAUACCAGUACCUUAA